UAUACUAAAAUCUAACAAUCGUACAAGUUCAAUUUCCGUAAUAUUCUAGUUGACUAUACUCAUUAUGUCGAUUAUUUAUUUAAUAAUAUUUUUUUCGAUGAACAGAAAGAAAAAUAAUUGAAUGAUACAUCGUUCAUUGAUCUUUGUAAAAAAAAGGAGAGCCUGCCGUUUGAUUCGUUACCAGUCGAAUUGAUUGAUCGAAGUCUCGAUAGUUUUGAGUCCAGACAGGUCUCCUGGUCAUUUCACAGUGCCUACAAAAGAUUUAACUCUAUCGUCAAUACACAUCUUUCAUACACCGUAAGCGUUUUAAUGAAUUAUUAGUUUGAAGAAGACAAACGGUUCCUAUAGAAAUAUUUCACAACUAGUGGUGAUUGAUCGUCCGCAUUUUAUUUUGACUGUCAUGUUCUGCAAUAAGCUCAAUCUAUCUUGAGAAAAAUCUGCUACUGAACACAUUCAGAUUUAUUGUUCUUCUAUAAACGUAAACAAUUGACACGUUAAAACUCGGAUUCAAUGGAAUCAAAGAUGCUCGCGCACAACAUCUUGCUGUUUUCUUACAGAAUGAUACAAUUAUUCUCAUUUCACAUUUUAUCUCUUAUCUCUCUUUUCAUACAUAUGGCAUACUAACAGAGUCAUUUUGAUCUUGUUCUUCUUUCUCAAUAACACUUUUCCCUACAUACACAUAGACACUCACCGAACUCAAUCUUCAGAGAAAUGCUAUUGAUGUUAUCGACACACAAGCACUUUGCUGCAGCUUUAUAAACGAAUUUGGUGAUUCGGACCAUUAUUAUUGUCGCCCCUCUAUUGUAGUUUCCUAUACAAUAAAUAAUCGCAACAUUACAUCUUCAAUUUAAUGAAGCCAGAAAUGCAGUAAUUCGUUUUUGACGAUUCCAUGUCUUCUGACUUUUUAUUCUGCUUCAUUUGUCGACACUGAAAACAUUGAUACUUGGAAGUAAUCAAAUCGAAGAUAUUGGUGCUCAGUUGUUUGCCUAUGGAUUGCUAAACAACGCAGUAGUUCGAAUUUUCUUUUCAUCUCUCUCAUUUUUUUCUUUUUGUUGUUACAGAAUAGACACUCAUUAUAUUAGAUCUUGAUUACUGUGGAAGCGGAUCUAUUGACGUAGUAGAUCUUGUUGAUGCAUUACAAAAGAAUACAGUACUUCCCAUUGUUUCUGUGAGCAGCACAUCGCUUUUCGCUAUGUAAAUACUCAUCAAGUUGAACCUUUCUCGAAAUCCUAUUUUAAAUGAAUAUGCAAAGCUAGUGAAACCGCAGAGUAGUAUAGGAGAAAAUCUUGAUUCUGUACAGACUGCUUUGGUUUAUGUGAAAUUGUAUUUAUUUUCAAACUUGAAGUGCUUUGAGACUUGUUUUACGUUUGAUGAAUUCAAAUCUACACAGGAGUAGUGAAAACAAAAGCAUUUUAUCUUUCGUUUGUAAUGAAAAACAAAUUUAGAACGGACGAAACACUUCAACAUUCAUUCUUUUUUGUUUCGUACCGCAAAUACAGCGUAACUUACAAUUAUCGAAUUUCAUUCUGAUAAGACGAAUAUUCAAAAUGACGAAUUACAAUCCAAUCGAUGUGAUCAACAAAGAAAUCGGUUCUGAAGAAUGUCGACGAUUGCUCGCGAAAGUCGACAAAAUGCGAGAAAUCCUGCGACAGGAGAAAUUUUCUCUGCCGCAAAUCGUCGUCGUUGGUGAACAAUCAGUAGAUUUAUUUCAUUAA